UACAUUAUUGAUAGAGCACGGCUGCAAGCAGCUGCUUUCACAGGGCAGAGCUUGAAUUCACCUGUUUGCUAUUUAUUACUCGGGUUGCUUAGAGAUCACAAACACCCCAGCCUUGAGAUGUGUGGCUGCGGAGCCAGUGUUCCCAGCACACAGCAAUACUCGGUCAAUCAGCCUGCUCCUGCUUCCAUGAAAAAAAGCCCUUUGGCUGAAGCAGGUAUGGCCAAGCGCAUAGCUAUAGCCAAGCAGCUGGCAUCAAUAAAAGCUCUAGGAAAAGGCUCAGACCUUGAAAAAGCUUUUGCUACUGUGGCUUUGGUGUAUAACAACUCUGCUGACCCAGAGGGCAAGCUCAGCAGAGCUGACACCAAAAACCUGCUGCAAACCCAGUUUGGGAGUUUCAUACAGGGCCAAGAAAACAAACCAAAGUACCAGGAAAUAAUUUCUUCUCUGGAUGAAGAAUCUGAGAACAAACUCGAUUUUGAAGAUUUUAUGAUUGUGCUAAUCAGUCUCAGUCUAAUGUCUGACCUGCUGCAGGAGAUCAGAAAAGUGAAAACCACAAAAUGAUCAGUGUUUUAAAAGAAGAAAUGGCUUGGCACUUUAUAAGGAAAGCAGGAGUGAACAGCACACAGAAAUAACACCUAUGCUGGUGCCUUUUAAAUGGAAUAAAGUUUUGUCUAAACCUG